AUGGAUUUCAUCCAAGAUCUUCGGCAAUCAGAAUCCAAAGGGCCAAGCCCAUCUAUCUUGGAAAUAUUUGAUGUUCUGUGUAACAAUGAGGGAGGGGACUGUUUUGAGCGUCCACUCGUUCCAGAUCGAAUUGUCAAAAUGGUCAAUUCAGCAAGCAAAAGACGUCUUGGUAAAUUAGAUACAUUUAUGGUGCUCGAAUAUCUCUGUUCAAAAAACGUGCCUCCAGUGUCUGUUCUCACAGCCCUAUUAUUCAUUGAGAAACUUGUAAUAGCCGAUCCUUAUUCAUCUUUAUUGACUGAAGUUACAGCAGUUGAUCUUUUUGCUGUAUCAAUGGUAGUGGCAUCUAAAUAUCUACAUGACGAUGAUACGGACUAUGGAAUGUACAAUGCAGAAUGGGCAGACGAAUUCGAUAUGGAUCUCAAAGAGUUGAAUGAACUUGAAGUCAAAUUCGUUUCCGCUCUUAAUUGGGAGUUUUUUGUAACUAGAGCACAAAUACUCCAAUUUGGUUUUGAGAUCGGAGUCUUCCGUCAGAUUACCAAGUGUGAUUCAUUUGGCGACAAACCUGAGUUCAAUGUAUAUUCUAUGUUGUCACAUAUUUCCCAAAUCUUUUUGAAGUAUUCUAGGCAUCGUACUUCACCCGAAAUUAAGAGAGUAAGCAAAAUUCUAUUAGUCUUGGUGCUCGCUUAUCUGGGUACUGACCAAUUUUCUCAAUGUUCUUUGGAGACACAAUACGCUGAUCAAAAUCAAACACAUAUUUCUACAAUCGUUGUAGAUCAAUGUCCAGAUAAUAUUCUGUCAAAUAUGACUCAUUCAGACGAACUAACAAAUGUUAAUAACCAAAAUAUUGAAGUAUGUACAAAAGACCUGACAUGCAGAUAUCAUAGCCAACAUGAAUCCGUAUCUUACUCGUAUUUUAAAGAAACUGAUCCGACUACACGAAUGAUAAACUGUCCAACAUGAAAGUUUACCCAAUUAUCUAAUUCCUCAAGUAUUUCCACUCAGUAAAUCUUAAUAUUUUCCACUAUUCAGGUACUCCAAGAUUCCC